AUGAGUUCUCAGAGGGAAUCAGCAGAGUAUUUGACUGGAACAUCAUCUAUCAAGGAAAGCGCAAACAUCACACUGGAGCCGGUUUCAUCAUCGAACGCCUGUGGAGGAGACAUGGAGGGCAAAGACAUCGAAAUGGCCACAGCAGAACUCGCAUCUCCGUAUGAGACGACCACGAAUAUGGAAGUGGAAAUACCUGUCUACAAAGUCUAUAAACGACGAUUUUUCGGCUUGUUUCAGCUGGUUUUAUUGAAUAUUGUGAUUAGUUGGGAUUGGUUGACCUUCUCAUCGAUCUCGAGUACAUCUGCCGAAUACUUCAGAGUGUCGGAAGCCACGAUCAAUUGGUUAAGCACUGCUUUUCUGUUCGCUUUCUGUGUGGCUACACCUGUUGUGAUGUACAUGUUGAACAAAGGCGGUCCCAGAGUCGUCUUCAUGACUGCCUCAGUCCUCAUUCUAGUGGGCAACUGGAUCCGAUACGCCGGCACCAGGGCCGACAAUGGCAUCUUCGGCGUGGUCAUGUUUGGACAGUUGCUGCUUGGUCUAGCUCAACCAUUUGCCCUAGCUGCGCCAACCAGAUAUAGUGAUCUUUGGUUUUCGGGAAAGGGUCGAACGAGUGCGACUGCGUUGGCAACUUUGGCGAAUCCGCUGGGAGCAGCUAUUGGCGAGUUGGUGGAUUCGGUGUGGACUACGAAACCAGGGGAUAUACCUAACAUGGUUCUAUAUAUCUCCGUCAUAUCAACUGUCGCCUGCAUUCCAUCAUUCCUCAUCCCAGCAAGACCUCCAACACCACCUUGCGCUUCAGCCGAAGUCUCCAAAACCCCAUUCCUCGAAUCAGUCAAGGGGAUUUUCCGCAUUCGCGAAUUCUGGCUGAUGUUCAUCCCCUUUUCCGUCUACGUUGGCUUCUUCAACAGCGUCUCAGCCCUAAUCAACCAGAUCCUAGAACCAUUCGGCUUCUCCGAAACCGAAGCCGGUAUUGCAGGCGGUGUUCUCAUUAUCGUCGGCUUAAUUUCAUCGGCAAUCGUUUCCCCUAUCAACGAUCGCUUCAAGAAGUAUCUACUCAUCAUCCGAAUAGCCGUCCCCAUCCACGCUAUAUGCUACAUAGCACUUUAUUUCGCACCUUCAAGCCCCUACGGCCUUGCCCCCAGUAUCGUCGUAUGUGCACUCCUAGGCGCAAGCGCAUUCGCACUUUUGCCCGUCGCGCUCGAAUUCAUUGUCGAAAUCACAUACCCUUAUUCCCCCGAAAUCGGCAGCACAAUUCUCUGGACGGGUGGUCAAAUCCUCGGCGGUAUAUUCACCAUUGUUCAGACAGCGCUCAAGGCUGGUCCGAAUGCCAAUCCGCCGGCGAAUAUGAAGGGAUCGCUUAUCUUCAGUGCUGUUGUGGCCUGUGUGGCCGCGAUAUUCCCGUUGACUUUGAACAUGUUUGGGCCGAAGAUCGUGAAUAGGCGGUUGGAAGCGGAUCAUGCACGGAAUGUUAAUCGUGUGCAGUUAGGGCGGAGAGGUGAUGAUAGGGAGGUGGCAAGCAACAAGUAG